AUGCAAUGUUCAGGCAUAAUCGGCCUCGUAGCAGGAGGCUCCGGAAACUUUGUCCCUCUGGCCUCUCUUCUUGCCGUACUUGGUGUUGGUGUCGGAGGCAACCUGCCUGUUGGCUCUGCGGUAUUCCUUGACUUUGUUCCUGGUUCUCAUCAAUAUCUUCUGACCAUCCUGACCGUUCGAUGGUCCCUCGGCCAGCUGUUCGUCAACUUGAUCGCCUGGCCUCUAAUCACAAACUUCUCAUGUCCCCAAGACUCCGCUCCAGGUACCUGCACCCGGUCUCAGAAUAUGAGCUGGCGUUACCCUCUCUUCACUCUCGGCGGCUUCACACUAGUCCUUUGGGCACUUCGCUUCUUUGCAUUCGCUCUUGAGGAGUCGCCGCGUUACCUGGUGGGCCGCGGACGUGACGCCGAUGCUGUAGCCAUGAUGCAUCGUCUCGCGGCUUACAACGGGAAAACCUGUAGCCUCACCGUGGAGCAGCUUCGGGAUGCUGGAGAGUUGGGCGAUAUGAAGAAGGAUGGCUCGCAUGAAGCAAAGGUGACAGUUCUCAGUCGGACAUAUAACUACACCAUGGACGAUAUCAAGGCUCUCUUCGAGACGAAGAAACUCGCCUGGUCGACGAGUCUUCUAGUUUCCAUCUGGGGGAUCAUUUGCCUGGCCUCGACGUUCCGCGGCGCGCAAUUUGGAGACAGCUCGUAUUAUAUCAUCUACCGCAACCAAGUUAUCCUGAAUGUUCUCGGCACACCGGGUGCUUUUCUUGCCGGAUGGGCGAUUGAGCAGCACGAACAUCAAAAUCUGGUGCAGACGGCGUGGCCAGCUCGUGGCGAAGCCACCUGAUGUCAUCCAACGGCCUCCACAAAAGAUAUCCAAUAGAGGGGCUGUACAACAACGACGAACUCGCGCUCCGAAUCAGCACGUCGUAUCUAGGCUUUAUUUGCAGAUAGACUAAGACAUCUAGUAGUGUAGUGGUCUCGCACAAAAU